AUGUCUUAUUACCAAGAUGAUGAUCAUAAUUUGACAGAUGAUGAAGAUUUCAUAGAACUCGCGGUGAUCGUAGCUUUUCCUCGAAAAAAAAAGAUGUUUCUUGAGAGGCCCAAUCAUUUCACCAAGUGGAGAGAU